AUGGGAAAAAUUGAGAGAAGAAGGGAGAAGAAACCAAGAGAUUGAGGGAGAGAAAAGAGGAGCAAGGUGAAAAAAAAAAGAAAGAAAGAAAGAAAGAAAGAAAAACCAUGAGAGAGAAAAAAAAAAGGGGAGAAGGUGAAAAAGAAAGCAAGAAAAUCUUGCAUUCUUGAAGUUUUUGGCAAAUAAAUAAGUUUGGAUUUCUUUUCUUCUUCUUCAGAUGUCUGGAAAUCCUACAGGUUCAGCAAGGAAGAGAUCUUCCUCCUCAGGAUCACAAGAGCAACACAAUCUUAAUCACCCACAGCUAUUUACUGAUAGUGGCGUAGCUCCGGAUAUACAACAAAUGAUUGAUCCAUUAAUGGAUUAUAAUUUUGCACCUGAUCAUGAGAACGAGGGCCCUUCAUCCUCGACGGGGAAAAAAGGACGGAGUAGGAAUUUAAAAGGAAUACGCCCUCCAAAAAAUAGAGGGAGCAGGAAAUGGACACUUUACCAGUGGGAUCCUGCAGAUAAUCGCCAUGUGCGAAAUGCAUUCCUAAAUUGUAUGAAACAUAGAUGGAGUGACAAUCUCAAGGAUGAGAAGUUCAAAUGGGACAAGAACUCAACCUAUGUCCCAUGUUGGAUCCCAACUCAUAUAUGGCCUCCGCUGCUGACAUAUUGGGACUCUGAUGAAUAUAAGAGGCCUAGUGCAAGGGGAGCAAAGAAUAGGAGCUCUAGGGAAAGGUUGACUCACACCAUUAGGUCCAUUAGCUUUGGCAUCCAUGAGAUGCAGAUGACUGAGUCUAGAGGUGGUGUGCAACCUCCCCAUCAAGAGAAAUUCAAGGAGACACAUACCUUAAAAAAAAGGAUACUUAUGUUGCGGAGUGCACAGAGAGUCAUGGCUCUGAUGCUAGUUCGUGGCCACGCAUGGGUUAAGGCUGUUAGAGGUUGCUCAUUUAAUGUCAUGCCAGGGAUUGGCUCCCAAGUAAAUCCAGAGAUGCAGCUGGCCAAUAUGACACAAGCUCAGAAUAAUAUGAGCCAGACAAUUGCACAAUCUGUUGCAGCAGCUCUAGCCGCUCAUGGCAUCUCCCCUUAGGCAGGUCAUCAUCCAGUUGCCCCACCACAACCAUCACAUGGUCCUGGCUCAGGUCUUCACAUGAAUUCAGCUUUUACCUACUCUAUUGAUUCUACACAAACCUCUCCUAUGUUUCCUAAAUAUCAGUAGUAGCGGCAGUUUUUGCCUCAAGAUGAUGAUGCAUACCAUCCUACUUUUGAUCCAAAUUAUCAGGGUCCUUAGUUUUUUUAUUUUUCUGCUAUGCACAUUAUCUGUACACUUUGCAUGGUUGGCUUUAUUUCUGUUAGUACUUUAAACUGUUAGCACUUUAAACUGUUAGCGUUAGCUUUUCAUUACGAUAUACUUUCUUAUUUUGCUUGACCUCCAGUGAUCAUACUUCAAAAGAUAUGAAGUUUUGGACUGCUUUGGAGGUUAAUUAUUAUUAACUAAAUAUCGUGGGUAUUUAAGACAAUGGUGUGUGAUUGCCAUGUAUACUUUGUGGUUGUGGUUGUAGUUGUGGCUGUGGUUAUGGUUAUGGUUGAAACAGUAUAAUUGUUUUUAGCAUACUAGACUUGUAGAAUAUAUGUGUUUCUCAUUG